UCCCACUAGAUAACACUCUUCUUCUCUCUUUCUCUCCUUCCACAUACUCUUAAAUCUUCUCUCUAAACCUCCUAAACGCUACGCUUUUUUUUUAUUCCACCCUUUCCGGCAAUGAACCAUGGGCUUUUUUCGCCGACUUUUUGGCGCUAAAAAGCCCAGUAACUCUGCCACGCCUAAAGAGAAGAAAAGAUGGAGCUUCACUAGAUCCUCCAAUUCCGUACUCUCCUCUCACUCCACCAAGCGUGACCUUUCCUUGACUUCAUUCGAUGCUAAUUUGGAUGCUAACAAGCACGCCAUAGCUGUUGCCGCCGCCACUGCGGCUGUCGCAGAGGCGGCUCUUGCGGCUGCUCAUGCGGCGGCGGAGGUUGUCAGAUUGACCGGCGCUGGUGGCCGUAGCGGUGUUUCCGCCUCCCCUCAUGUUAGCCACCAACGCUGGUCUGAGGAACUCGCCACCGUUAAAAUACAGUCCGCGUUUCGAGGCUAUCUGGCAAGGAGGGCACUGAAGGCACUAAAAGCAUUAGUGAAGCUUCAAGCACUGGUGAGAGGUCACAUUGUGAGGAAGCAAACAGCAGAUAUGCUUAAGCGCAUGCAAACAUUAGUAAAAGUGCAGGCAAGAGCCCGUGCUAGUCGCUCGCAUGUGUCAGAAUCUUUGCGUUGUACCAGCAAGUCCUCUCUUUCUCGUCAUCCCCUACCACCGAGUCCUGACAAAGCAGAAUAUCAACUUCGUGCUCAAAGUACUAAGUUUGAUGGGCCCUCAAUCCUGAAGAGAUGUGGUUCUAAUUCAAACUUGAGGGAUAUCAUUGACCUAGAGAAAGCACGAUUGGGUUCAAAUUGGUUAGAUCAUUGGAUGGAAGAAAAUUUAUCACACAACCACAGUGUCAAUUCACUUAGAAAUGGACAUGCAGAUGAUGAGAAGAGUGACAAGAUUUUGGAAGUAGAUACUUGGAAGCCUAACUUGACCCCCAAACAACACAAUAGAACCUUCAGGAAUUCACAGCAUGUUUCCGCUUCGGAUUACAACAAUCACAGCUUCAUGAUGAUAGACUCUCCAUCAAAAUUAUCAGCAAAAACUGUGAACCCAGUCCCAAGUGUAACUUCUGGUGAUGUUUUAUCAUUAAGCUCUGUAAAGUCUCCAGUCGGAAAAGGCGAAGCAACUUUGAGGACUGCUGAGAACAGCCCACAUGCAUCUUCUGCAUCAUAUAGACCAGGAAGUAGUGCAAGAAGAGGUCUUUUCACACCCACUAGGAGUGAGUGCUCCUGGGGUUUCUUUGGUGGAUGCUCAGGUUACCCUAAUUAUAUGGCUAACACAGAAUCAUCACGGGCUAAGGUUAGGUCACAGAGUGCCCCAAGGCAGCGGAUUGAAUUUGAGAGAUACGGUUCAACCAGGAGGUCAGUUCAGGGGUCUUGGGAAGGAGGAGCUAAUUCAGAAAGGGAUUUUCCUCAACAAGCUGACUUCAGGACUAAAGCUUAUCCAUCAACUGAUCGCUUGAAUAGUCUUGGGAAUGCAUAUUUCCGUUGAUGAUUUAUCGCUGUAUGUUUCCAAAUUCAAUUUUCUUUUUAUGUGUUUUUCCACUGCUUUCCGAGUGCAUGUGUCUAGCAGCUUGCUAGUGUUGUAAUUAUGACUUGUGUGUUAGUCCUUACACAACUGAACUUAACGUUAUCAGUGUUGAAAAUAGACGUAGUGUUUUGAAAUCA